CAGGACUCAGACAGACAGAAGCAAACCACGAGUCAGUUCACCUCACACUCGAAGUCAACCACCAUGGCGACAUUCUCAAAGGUCGUGAUGAUCGCCGCCGCUGGGGUCGCAAGCGCGUUGCCCGUGAAAGAGGCGGCUUCCGUGUACCAUACCUGCGACACGACGAGCGACUGCGCGCAGUACAAAGAGUGCCAGGGCCAGCAGUGCGAGUGCACGUCCGAUCCCGCGUACAACCAAGAGCACCCCGGGCGCUGGUUCAAGCCGAAUCAGUGCGUCGACAAAGACGUGGGAAGCACUUGCCUGCACAUCAACAACAUCAUCGUGGAGAACAAGUGCGGGUUCGACAUCGACAUGGUCGGUUUUGGCGGUCCGGAGAACAAGUGCAAGCUCCCGAACGGGAAGAACGAGGGCGACAUCCGCGCAGAGGACAGCUGCCAGACGAUCAAAGCACACGGCAAGGACAAGCUGCAGAGCGGCACCCAGCAGCACGCCGCCUCGACACGUCUGGCCUGGCGGUUCAGCUGGCAAGGAGACAGCGACCCUGUCCACGGCAACCCAAAGCACUGCGCCGUGGUGGGUCCGGAUGGCAAGUGUGCGGUCGUCGGGUCAAAGCUCACGAAGAACACCUUCAUUGAGAUGAACGUCGGUCUCACCGGGCCCGGCCAGGAGCUGUGCAUCGGCGGCGGCGCCACGCAGGGCCAGGUCUCGCCCUCGUUCUCCAACUACCAGGGCUUCAGCAUGUCCAGUGAGUACUA